AUAUACUUUACCCUCUAUCCUCUUCCUUUAUAUCUUUUCUUGCUUCAUCCUUCUCUCUUUCUCUUUCCUUAGCAAUUUUCUCCAUAUUUUGACUAAUUAUAUAGUCAUAAUUUUCAAGAAAUCUUGAAGAUUUAUGGGACAUGAUAUGUUGGCACCCUUUACUGCGGGAUGGCAGAGUGAUAUGGAACCUUUAGUUAUAGAAAAGUCGGAGGGCUCUUAUGUCUAUGACAUAAAUGGGAAGAAGUAUCUUGACACUUUAUCUGGUUUAUGGUGCACAACAUUAGGGGGAAGUGAGACUCGACUUGUUGAAGCUGCAAAUAAACAACUCAAUACAUUGCCAUUUUAUCAUUCAUUUUGGAAUCGAACCACAAAACCUUCUUUGGAUCUUGCAAAGGAGCUCCUAAAUAUGUUUACUGCAAAUAAAAUGGCCAAAGUUUUUUUCACUAAUAGCGGAUCAGAAGCCAAUGACACUCAGGUGAAGCUGGUGUGGUAUUACAAUAAUGCCCUUGGGAGGCCACAGAAAAAGAAAAUUAUUGCUCGAGCAAAAGCAUAUCAUGGUUCCACUUACAUUUCUGCUGGUCUCUCUGGGCUUCCUCCAAUGCAUCAAAAAUUUGAUUUGCCACCUCCAUUUGUUCUGCACACUGAGUGCCCUCAUUAUUGGGCCUAUCACUUGCCAGGUGAAACCGAAGAGGAAUUCUCUACUAGGUUGGCAAAUAAUUUGGAAAGUCUUAUACUCAACGAGGGGCCUGAAACAGUAGCUGCUUUCAUUGCCGAACCAGUCCUAGGAGCAGCAGGUGUAAUACUUCCUCCCGCAACAUAUUUUGAUAAGGUUCAAGCUAUUUUAAGGAAACAUGACAUUCUUUUUAUCGCGGAUGAGGUGGUAUGUGGAUUUGGAAGACUUGGGACAAUGUUUGGCAGUGAUAAAUACAACAUUAAACCUGAUCUUGUCUCUGUAGCAAAGGCACUUUCUUCUGGAUAUAUGCCAAUUGCCGCUGUCCUUGUAAGCCAGAAAAUUUCUAGUGUCAUCCUUUCUGAAAGCAAUAAAAUUGGUGCCUUUUGCCAUGGAUUUACUUAUUCCGGACACCCUGUUGCGUGCGCAGUUGCAUUGGAAGCAUUGAAGAUCUAUAAGGAAAGAAAUAUUACUGAGGUGGUGAACAAAAUAUCACAAAAGUUUCAAGAAGGUUUGAAAGCAUUCGCCGACAGUCCCAUAAUUGGGGAGAUAAGGGGAACUGGUUUGGCACUUUCUACAGAGUUUGUGAACAAUAAAUCUCCUAAUGAUCCCUUUCCAUAUGAAUGGGCUGUCGGUACAUAUUUUGGAGCACAAUGUGCUAAGUACGGGAUGUUGGUAAGUUCCACUGGUGAUCAUGUAAAUAUGGCUCCACCAUUUACCUUGAGUCUUGAAGAACUUGAUGAGUUGAUACGCAUAUAUGGGAAAGCAUUGAAGGAUACUGAAAAGAGAGUUGAAGAACUCAAGUCUCAGAAGAAGUAAAAGCUCACGGCGAAAGCUUGUUUAUCCUAAAAAAGAAGAGAGAAAAAAUGAUCAGAUUUCCUCUUUGUGCUAUUCUACUAGUAAUAAAUAAUGUUCUCCUUGCAACUUUGCACUAGAGAUUUUCUAUUGAAAGAGCUUUUGUUAUCCACAA